GGACCGCGGGGCCCCGGGACCUGAAUAACGGGCUGCGGGGGGCUGAGCCGCGGCGGGGAGCGCUGUCCUAUGCGGGUUGCGGGGCGCGGCGAGGAGGGCCCGGGCACCGGCGCAUGGCGGUUAGGCGGCGGACUCAGCCCCGUCGGGGUUCAGCAGGUUUGCAACAAAGAAGACAACUCCCCGGUCCACAAACCUCUUGCUCUGGGUCCCAGUGCUCUCUGUGAGCACGCUGAGUGAAGUGAUAAUUCAUGCCUGCAGACCAGUCAUCAGGGCAGGAUGGAGAGCUUGGGCUUGCAAGCAGUGACCCUUAGUGACGGGACGACAGCCUACAUUCAGCAGGCUGUCAAAGGUGAAAAGCUGCUUGAAGGGCAAGUCAUUGAACUGGAAGAUGGGACCACAGCUUAUAUCCAUCAGAUGACAGUUCAGAAAGAGUCUGUGGCUUUUGAAGAUGGUCAGCCAGUGAUGCUGGAAGAUGGCAGUAUGGCCUACAUACACAGCACAAUUAAAGAAAGUUAUGACCCCAGCACCUUCGAGACCAUCCAGCUGGAGGAUGGCUCCACUGCUUACAUACAUCAUCCUGUCAUCAUCCCACCUGGCAGCACCAUCCUGGAAGUGCAGGUGGAAACUGGGCUGGAGGAGUUGGCUGGAGAGGAGAAAGGUGAUGCCUUUGAUGUCAAGACUGUGGGUGCAUUAGAGACGUACACCAGUAAGGUGUCUGACGAAGAAGAGGAGGAAGUGACAGACACCUGCCAUAUGAAGAGUGACAACUCCAGCAAUGUCCCUUCCCAGGAUCUGCAGGAAGAGGAAGUGCACAGCAGUGAAAACGGGCAGCAGGUCAGCAGUAAAGCUUUCCGUUGUGGAUACAAAGGCUGUGGCCGGCUCUAUACCACCGCCAACCAUCUAAAGGUACAUGAACGUGCUCACACAGGUGACCGGCCAUAUACCUGCGUCUUCCCAAGCUGUGGGAAAGGAUUUACUACAGGGUAUAGCCUGAAGAGCCACAUGAGAACGCAUACCGGUGAGAAACCGUACAAGUGCCCGGAAGACAUGUGUAGCAAAGCCUUCAAAACCUCUGGUGAUCUACAGAAACACAUUCGGACCCACACAGGUGAGCGUCCCUUUAAGUGCUCCUUUGUGGGCUGUGGCCGCUCUUUUACCACAUCCAACAUCCGCAAGGUUCACAUGCGAACGCACACAGGCGAGCGGCCGUACAUGUGUCCUGAGCCCAGCUGCGGGAGGGGCUUCACCAGUGCCACCAAUUACAAGAACCACAUGAGAAUCCACACAGGAGAGAAGCCGUACAUGUGCACUGUGCCAGACUGUGGAAAGCGCUUCACUGAGUACUCCAGCCUCUACAAGCACCACGUGGUCCACACGCAUUGCAAGCCCUACACCUGCAAUAGCUGUGGGAAGACCUACCGCCAGACCUCCACGCUGGCCAUGCACAAGCGCAGCAGCCACGGCGAGCUGGAGGUCAUCGAGGAGAGCGAAGAGGCCUUCUACGAACAGCAUCAGCUGGAGGCUGCUGCUACUGACAGAGACUUCCCCGACAACAGCAAGUGUAUUGCUUUCCUGUCGGAGUUGGGGGCUGAGGAAGAGGAAGAUGGCAUGCUUACACACGUCUCGCUUAUCACUCAGGGUGGGACAGAGCCGGUCAGCGUGUUGCAGAAAGACCUGCAGGCCCUGGGCAGUGCCAUCAGCAUGGUGACGCAGAGCGGUGCCCUCGCUGUGCCCAGGGAGGAGCUGGCAGGUGAUGACACACACACCGUGACUGUGACCCACACCGACGGCGCUGAGAUGCAGCCGGUUACCAUAGUCACGUCGGGGGCAGUCAUGGCUGAAGAAUCGGCCGCCACAUCCCUCUGUCAUCAGCAGGUGGCAUUGGUGGCUACCACCAACGGCACCCACAUCACAGUGCAGCUGGAAGACCAGCCGAGCCUGGAGGAAGCCAUGAGUAUGACCACAGUAGCAAUCCAGUACGAACCUGUAACGCUCGACGAAGCCUUGGCCGAGAAUGGAUGCUGAGACCCUGCAGAGCCUCCUGAGCAGGGAGAGCAGGCAGCACGAGCCUGUUUUCUGCGGGAAUGUUGGGAGCUGCAGGAGCCUGACCCACUGGUGUGUGGAAGAGAUGCAGUACACGAGCGAGGGAAAGUAUCCGAGACCAGUGGGCAGCGUGCGCAGCGCGCAGGCAGUGAGCACUGGUACCGGCAGCGUUGAACUCCCAGAGCGACCCCGUGCAUCCAUGGAGGGAUGCUGAAGAUACUUGGCUGCUGCCUUCUCCUUGAGCCUCUGCUGUUUCCCUGGGCUCUGAGCAGCAACUUUCCUGCUCCUUGCCUUGGGCACCAGCUCCCUCUUGUCUGGAGGAGAUGGCAGGUUUUGUCUUCUGGUAUUUUAUUUCUUGAUGCCUAAGAUUGCCAAGAUCUGCCAAUCUUCUGCUGGAGAGAUGGAGUCACGGAGAUUUCGGCAGUCUCUGAGAGCAUAGAAUAUUUUUGGAGAGGUAAUUCCUGCAUUCUCCCUCUAGGAAUGGUCCCAUAGCUCCCCUUUCCUACCCACCCCUCCAGAUAAGGGGCAAGGGGGGUGGCAUAUGCACAGAAGCAAUAAAGCCCCAUCCAGGCAAGCCCAGGCUGUCCUGGGCUCCGUGGCUGGAGAGGUGACCGGUUCCUGACGCUGAAGCAAGCGCGCGGGCUGGCUCCGACAGCCAUUCUCCCAUCCCUUUAUCACACUCUGCUCUCGAGCAAACUUCCCUGGCAGAGCAAAGUGCUCCCUCCACCAAAGCCAACCAGCGCUUGUCAGGGGCUGAGCUAGACUUGGAUGUAAAAUACUGAGUUGAAAUAAAAACAAAUUAAAAAUUUCUUUUUUAAAAAGCA